AUGAAACAAGUCAAUUGCUACUCCUGGCAGGAACGCCCCUGCAGCGCAGCAGCAGCAGCAGCAGCAGCAGCAGGAGCUGCAGCAGGCGCAGCCGCAGCAAACCCAGCAGCGAAGGCGGCAACAGCAGCAGCAGCACCAACAGCAACACCAACAGGCAGCAGAGAGCAGCCAGCAGCACCAUUAGCAGCACCAACAACAGCAGGCAGCAUCAGCAGCAGCAGCACCAACACCAACAGCAGCAGGCAGCAGCAGCAGCAGCAGCAGCAGCAGCCGCAGCAGCAGCAGCAACACGAACACCAACAACAGCAGACAGCAGCAGCAGCAGCCGCAGCAGCAGCAGCAACACGAACACCAACAACAUCAGGCAGCAGCAGCAGCAGCAGCAGCAGCAGCAGCAGCAGCAGCAGCAGCGGCAGCAGCAGCAGCGGCGGCGGGGGGCGUGGGGAGCGGUUUGCUGCUGCUGAGUUGCUGCACUUGCGCAAAAGUGAAGCUUUUGGCUUUCUUUUUAUUCUUUCUUUAAAUCUUUUAAAAUAUAAUUUACUCAGCAGCAGCAAACACAAACACGCAACAACCACAACUCCCCCACACCCAACUCCCCACGGCACCAGGGGCCCCCUGGGGGCCCCCUGGGGGCCCCUUGGAGGCCCCUUGGGGGCCCCCUGGAGGCCCCUUUGGGGCCCCUUGAGGGCCCCUUCGGGGCCCCUUGGAGGCCCCUUUAAGGCCCCUUGGAGGCCCCUUUGGGGCCCCUUGGAGACCCCUUUGGGGCCCCUUUGGGGCCCCUUGGGGGCCCCCUGGGGGCCCCUGGGGGCCCCUGGAAAAGGGUCUGGACUGACCUGCAGCAACAGCAGCAGCGGCGUAGGCCGUGCAUGCGUAGAGGGUUUUGGUGCGGGGCUGUGGGGUUUUGUAGCCGCCGACUCUGUCGACAGUGAGGCCCCCCAUGAGGACUCCAGCCACGGGAGAGGAAGCAGCAACAGCAGCAAAAGUCAACAUUGCUGCAGCAGGACUCAGCUGCAGCAGCGAGGCGUACAGCACAGUGCCCCAGAACUGCACGCCAGUCACCACGAACAGCAACGCGCACAGAGUCAGCACCGGAAACACGUACAUCGGCGUCCUGCAGCAGCAGCAGCAGCAGUAGCAGCAGCAGCAGCAGCAGCAGCAGCAGCGGCGGCGGGUGAGCGGCGGGAGAGGCGGGAUGGACGCCCGCGUGCGCCAGCCAGCAGCAGCAGCAGCAGCAGCAGCAGCAGCAACGCAGCGCUAGCGGUGCAGCAGCAGCUGCGUGGAACGCACGCGCUGCGACGCUGCAGCAGCAGCAGCAGCAGCAGCAGCAGCAGCAGCAAAGGCAGUCGCUGCUGCCGCAGCAGCAGCUCGCGAAACAGAUGCGCAGCAACACUGCAGCAGCAGCAGCAGCAGCAGCAGCAGCAAACUUGA